CAAACUAACUUCACCACGGUCCGCAACCCCACUGCGGGCUUCUGUGUGUGGCACUUCCUUGUUCUGAAGUGUAGACGAAAACUUUUCAACCUACGGGCACGUCCGGACUUUUGUGACUUGUAUUUCUUCAAACGAGCUGACUUUUAUGUUAAAUGUUCGAACCAAAGUUCUAGCUAGCCAACUAAUCAUUCCUCGCUCCGAGCUGACUGAAGUUAGAAGUUAUUAUGGCUGACAACAGAGAAGAGGAGAGAGAGGACGGAGAGGAGCCUCAGGGCGCCGUGGGUGGGGAAGAUGUAAUUGACGAUCCUAUCAUGGAGCGAGGAGCAGUGAUCCUUAGAGGGUAUGUGAUUGAACGUAUAAACGCAGAGGAGCCCAGUCGACACGUGUCCUCCGAGUAUCUGGGAGGAAGGCCAAAUGAACAACAGGAGCCCCAAAUUAAAGAAGUGGUGGAACAGCUGAUCAGGAUUGCAGAUGAGAUAAACCGGAACACUGAGCUCCAUCAUCUGAUCAACCAAGUUCAGGACGACUGUGCUCGGAACAUCUUCAUGACGGUGGCCAGGAAAAUCUUUGCUGAAGGCAUCAACUGGGGUCGAGUGGUGGCUCUCUUCCAUCUGGCCUACAGACUCAUACUCAAGGCGAUGAACUCCAACCAUCUAGAAAACAUCCGAACAAUCAUCAGCUGGUUUCUGCAGGCCAUCAGAGAGCUGCUCUACUCCUGGCUCGUACAGCAGGGAGGCUGGGAGGGGGUGAUCCGUGGAAUUUCCCGCUGGAGGACAAUAACCAUAGUAGCAUCGGUAGCAUUGGUGGCAGCUAUUGUUUACUACAGGAAGACCCGCUGAGAGCAUUGGACCUGGCAACCAGGGCUGCAGUCCCAUCUCCUGGAUAAACGCAGCGUGUAAAUUAAGUGUCUGGACAUUAAUUACAACCACUCCUCCACUCCAUCUCAUUAACCGGCAGAGGUCAAGUACUGCACAUUAUCAUCUCUUCUCAGGAUUCCAAGAACAAAACAAAAAAGUGCAUUUGCAGCCAGCUGUCCACCGGACAUCUCCAUCAGCCUUCACCAGAAAACUGUAAGGAAGUACACAUGAGCUGCUGCAACACACCGUGGUUUGGACGUUGCUGUAGUUGUAUUCAACAGACUAAAGGACCUGACUCUACCUGAACCAGGUCUCUGGUCCACAUGGGUUGUGGGUUGGGGUCAAAUGUAAAUGUCUCCAGUUCUUGGGUCUAAGCAGAAUUUGGACUAGACCUGAGACAUAAAAAGCAAUGAGCACAUAAACAACAACAUCAAAUUAAAAGUACUAUUAAAAAUUCAUUAUGUUAGCUUGUGCUGGAAAUUUUAAUGCAUUUUAGCGAUGAGGCAGCCACGUUGGCUCUGUAGUGCACGGCUGCAACCGAAACUAUUUUAAACAGCCAUGGUCUUGGACCUUGGGCCAGAUGGUGUCUGGACAUAUCAGGUAGAUAAGACCUAGUCAAAGGCCCUUUUCAGAUCAGGUACACAUUUUCAGUCUUGGGAAUACCUCUACUUAGUAGCCUAUAAUCAUUCCCACUUUUAAGUUUAUCUUUCAAUAUUAUCCUCCACUUGAAAACACAGGAACGUCACGGCAAAAUGUAAAGCUACAGUAGUUUUAUAUUGGAGCCAUCGUUUUUCUUCUUCUUCAAUAUGCCAGCUUUGUUUCGGAGGAAUCUUGUUUUACCGUCACUUGAUAGAUGAGCCUCGGGCACUGUGGCUGUGGAACAGAAGCCAAAAACGAAAACAAAUGAGCGCUGCAGGGGAAUUCACAGCGCGUCAUAGUUGCAGUAGACCUUUUCACAGCAGAACGUUUGGCAUGUACACAACAAACACCGGUGUCAUCAUUACAGUAAUGGCAUAGACAAUGGCUGCGUACCAUUUUGUGUUGCCCCGCCCAGGGCCUUUGCCUUUUGUAAUUACAUUGGUAAUGAAAUAAGUUCCACAAUAUUCCAAGUCGACGUGUCAGCUGAGGAAAUGGGUCUAUUGCCAACAAAACACUGCGUCUGAAUCGGCUGAAUCUGAAUGUGAAUUUAAUUUAAACAAAUCUUUGUAUCGUCACAUUUCUACUAAUCUUAAGCUUCAGCUGGGUUAUUGGACGUCUCUAACCGCCAUGCUUCUUCAGAGUUGUUGUUUUUAUGCUACUUUGAGUGUUU